AAACUCUAAUAAAACUCUUGCCCUCUUCAACUAUUAAAAGCAUUUUAAUCAAGUUUUUGUAUCCUUUAAACGCGUGUUUGUGACGGUGGGUCGUUAAAGAAACACCAAAAGCGUGAGUAAUGGCAGCAGCAGCAUCAACGAGUGCGUCGCUUUUCAAAUUGGCAACUCACCCAACAAACUCGUCCACUCGCUCAAUCUCUGUAAACCCACCUGUCUCCAUCUCUUUUGGCACUACUUUUGUUGGCGCUUCAUUGCCAAUAAGCUCCCCAAGGAAGAACAGAGACAUCAAGUUUUGUAGGCAGGUGACUACUGCAGCUGCUGUAGCCACCACAACACCAUCACAAGAAAUUGUAGAGUAUGCACUUCCUUCUUGGGCUUCGUUUGAACUUGGAAGGGCUCCUGUCUUCUGGAAAACCAUGAACGGUCUUCCUCCAUCUUCCGGUGAGAAGCUAAAACUUUUCUACAAUCCGGCUGCAACCAAACUUGAACCAAAUAAAGAUUUUGGGAUUGCAUUCAAUGGAGGUUUCAAUCAGCCUAUUAUGUGUGGUGGUGAGCCAAGGGAGAUGCUAAAAAAAACUCGAGGCAAAGCUGAUCCCCCAAUAUACACCAUUCAGAUCUGCAUUCCAAAGCAUGCUGUGAACUUGAUUUUCUCAUUCACAAAUGGAGUUGAAUGGGAUGGCCCUUACAGACUGCAGUUUCAAGUUCCUAGGAGUUGGCAAAACAAACCAAUUGAAUUCUUCAAUGAGGGAUUGGCAAACGAGUUGAGUAAAGAAGGUGCAUGUGACAGAGCAAUCUUUCCGGACACGAACAUCGUGAUUGAUCGAUGUGCUAUAAUCGGGAACUUGUCCACUGAAGGGGGUGAUCGCUGCAAUCUUGAUCUAGUUCCAGGAUGCAUGGAUACUACUUCACACUUGUAUAACCCACUCGCAAAUUUAGACGACGGAUCUUGCGCUAUUGACGUAGAGGAUUAGCCUCAUCAAGGUCUUACCACUUUCAUUUUCCUUUCGGUACAUAUUAGUUAUACUGUAAUACCCUAUACAUUUAUAGCAUACUAUUGGCAUGUCCAUGUAAAAUAUACAAGGGCUGUUUCUCUGCACUGUGAAUGUUGAUAGUAACAUAAUCCAUAUAAAAAAAUUGUAAGUUAAAGCUUAUGCGUUUACUAAA